GUCAAUGUCAAACUGAUAAAUGUCAAAGACAUAUGGCUGACUGGCAGUGGCAGCCUUUUGCGUUAAUUUUUAUAUUCUGCGUGGUUAAAUUAAAUAUAAAGCAAAACCAAACUUUAUUUGACAUACUUUAAUUUUAAAACAGUACUAAAAACACAUAUAUGAUAAUGAUGUCUGACGAUACAGAUGGUCAGUUUAGCGAUUAUGAGGAAGACAUAUCGGCUAAGGUUAAGUCAGUGCGGUUCGGUGACCUACCUUCCUACAAGAAAGAGAAAUUAGAACAAAAGAAUAAGCAAAGAGUUAGCAGUGAAGAUGAUCUUGAUUCAGAUGAAUAUUUUCUCGACUCAGAUGAUGACAACCCUAAUACACUAAAAAGAGACAGUGUCAACACUCAAACUCCUUCCAGUAAAAUCAACACUUACCAACCAUCAGAAAAGUUAUUCAAAAAAUAUGUCAAUAGAAUCAAUGUUGACAAAUAUGAACCCAUGUCAAAUAAAACAGAAAAAUUCAUGGAUCAGAACGACCGAAAGAUUGACAAUGUCCGAAUUAGAAUUAAGGACAAACAUGACAGAGCGACUGCAGAACAGGUAAUGGACCCUCGAACUAAAAUGAUUCUAUUCAAACUUCUCAAUAGAGGCAUAAUAAAUGAGAUAAAUGGUUGCAUAUCUACAGGUAAAGAGGCAAAUGUAUAUCAUGCUACAUCAAAAGAUGGUAGAGAUUAUGCUGUGAAGAUUUUCAAAACAUCAAUCUUAGUAUUUAAAGAUAGAGACAAAUAUGUUUCUGGGGAGUAUCGAUUUAGAAAUGGAUACUGUAGGUCAAACCCUCGUAAAAUGGUCCGUACCUGGGCUGAGAAGGAAAUGAGGAACCUGGUGCGGAUGUAUAAUGCUAAGUUGAGUGUUCCUGAACCCAUUAUACUCAGAAGUCAUGUAUUGGUGAUGACUUUUAUGGGGCAAGAUGGAUGGCCAUCUCCGAAGUUGAAAGAUGUUGAAAUUUCUCAAUCUACGGCUAGAUCUUUGUAUAGAGACUGUAUAACAAUGAUGUGGAAAAUGUUCAAUAUAUGUAAAUUAGUUCAUGCUGAUUUGUCAGAAUUCAAUCUUUUGUAUCACCAAGGAAAUGUUGUUGUCAUUGAUGUUUCCCAGUCAGUCGAACACGACCAUCCUCAUGCAUUUGAGUUCUUGAGAAAAGAUUGUACAAAUAUAUCAGAUUUCUUCAGAAAGAAAGGAGUAGCUACAUUAACUGUUAAGGAGUUGUUUGAUUUCAUCACAGAUUCUACAAUAAAUGAGAAUAAUUUAGAAGAUUGUCUUGAGAAAUUGUCAGAAAAAGCAGCAUCAAGAAACUUUGAAGAAAUGUCUACUCAGGAACAAAUAGAGGAAGAGGCUUUCAAGAAUGUGUAUAUUCCAAAAAGGUUAACUGAGGUUAUAAAUUACGAACGUGACAUCAAAAAAGCUAAAGAUGGUGAAACUGAUGACCUGAUGUACAAAAAGAUAGCCGGUUUCAAUGAAGAUUUGACAGGAACAGUAGACACUCCAGAAAUAUUGCAAGACGACAGUCUAUCGGGAAGUGGAUCUGACAGCGGCUCGGAGGAGGAUGGAGAUGAGAAUGAAGAAAAGACAAAGUUCAAAAACCAUGCCAGACCUAGAGACGAGUCUCCUAACAGCAAGAAGGCACGAAAGAAAGCUGUCAAAGAAGAAAAAGCAGAAAAAAGAAAAACUAAAACCAAGAAACAUAUAAAAAAGAGAAGAGACAAAGGCACUGGUAGGAAGUAAUAUUUUUAACAAUCAUUUAGUGAGGUUUCGAAGUUUGAACAUAUUUAUUUCAUGUUCUUUUUGUAUUCCCAGUCCACCAUAUAGUAUGCAUUCGUAUGCUAGUGAAAAAGUGUUUGACUUUUACACAUCUGGCAUUUGAAAUGUUUUUAUUUUUUAAAUAAAUAAGUAGGUACCUUUUGAGGUACGUAACUCUAAAAAUAUGUGAACUAUACAUUAAUAGAUUAUUGUAUAUGUUAUACGUAGAGUAUAUUCUACAGGUAUAAGCGGGAAAAUAAAACCAUUUGUAUCUUGAA